GGGCUUUUCAUCGAUUGUCAUUUGUUUCGAGCUUCUGUCAUAUGUUGUAUAAUCUGUGUAUAAUAUUUAAUAUACACGGAUUAUACGACAUCUGACAGAAGCUCGAAACAAAUGACUGUGAAUGAAAAGCCCUAUAGCAACAACAAAUAUUUGAAUUUUCGGUAAAUAACGUUUAUGAAAAAUAAUAAUAAUUUUAAUUGUUACAUAAGACACACAAGAGUACAUAAGAUUGUAUUAUGGAAGAACGAGAUUUAGUUUCUAAUAGACGCAGAUCAUUGCAUAACUAUGGCGAAGAGAAACCUGUUUGUCGAAAAUUUCCGGAUAAUGAUGAACAAAAUUUCCAAUAUCCUCCAGAUUAUAUCCACAAAGUAAAUACAGAAACGGAAAAAUGGAAUGCUCACCUCAGUAACAUCUUAGUCGACCAACAGAGGUACAAAGAAAAAAUACGUGAACUUAAAACUGUAGUGUACAAUGAAAACGUUUUGUCACAUGAUCAGCAGGAAUUUUUAAAAUCUAUAGACUUUAAUACAUACUUGAGACAAACUGAAAUAUUUUGUAAAAAGGUGCAUUUAGCCGCAGAACUAUACAGUUUCAAUAAAAGUGAAAAAUAUCAAGAGUUACAGAAAACCAUUGAACAUGUUCAAGAAAUCAUUGAUAGUAAACUGAAGACAUUUAAAGGUGAAGAACGAGGCGACCGCUUCCACUAGGAUAUCAAGGUGAUGGAGCAACCAUACCAGGGAUGUUGGAACACCAACAUGAUGGGUGAUUACUGUUGGUCACUUCAUCGGGAACAGAGUGCCUCGCAUAGGAGAAAAAGCUACUUGAGAAGUUUUACAGAAAAAAAAAGAAAAAUAAAAUACAAAAGCAUUGACUCCUGAAAUGCUUGUUCAGACCUAUACUAUGACAAGAUAAAAAUUAGAUAAAAGGUAUUAUUCUAAUAAUGUAUCAUUUUAAUGUAUUCCGGUAUUUUGUAUUUUUCAAAUUAUUAUAUUGUAGAAUAAGCCAGUGCCAUAUUGUGGGAAAACUGUGGGUGAUACAUAAAAUCUAAUUUCAGAUUCUUUUUUAGCGCCAAAAAAUACAUAUAAUUCACAUGAAUUUAUAAGAAAAGUUUUUUAAAUCUUUUUUUUUUUCGUUAGCCUGUGAUCUUAUUUAAACAGUAUUAAUACUUUUUUUUGUUCUGAUUCUGGCCUUGGUUUAUAACCUUUAGCCACGUAAUUACAUAUAAAAUUAUUAUUCGUUCAUAAGUACAAAAUUGUCCAGUAUACACUUAAAAAUAAAGAAUAAUAAAAAAUAAAGCUUACAAAUAACAAUGUCUACUUACUAUGUUAAUAAAUACAACUAUGCUAAUUUUUUUUCUUCACUACGGUAGGAACUAAAUCCGAUUCAUCCUCUCGGAGAUUUAGAACCUCUUAGUGAUUUUU